AUGAGAACACAUACUGGCGAGAAACCCUACAUAUGUGAAGUUUGUAAUAAGUCAUUUAGUAGAAAGGAUUCUUUAACAACACAUCUGAGAACACACGCUGGAGAGAAACCCUAUACAUGUGAAGUUUGUGGGACCUCAUUUAGUCAAAAAAGCAAUUUAACAGCACAUAUGAGAAUACAUACGGGAGAGAAACCUUAUAUAUGUGAAGUUUGUAAUAAACCAUUUAGUCAUAAAAGUAAUUUAACUGUACAUAUGAGAACGCAUACACGAGAGAAACCCUAUACAUGUGAAGUUUGUAAUGUGUCAUUUCGUCAAAAAGCUCAUUUAAAACAACAUGAAAAGACUCACAAGGACUGUUGA